UAAUCCGAUCUCUUACUUCAGUCCCACUCUCUCCCCCUUCGCAUUCGGUCCGAAGACGCCGAGAGAAAACUACGGAGGCAGAUUUUUUUCAAUUUCGAUUCAAACCAUGAGCAACGAAUAUGAUUAUUUGUUCAAGCUCUUGCUAAUCGGUGACUCUUCUGUUGGAAAGUCGUGCCUUCUUCUCAGAUUUGCGGAUGAUUCCUAUGUGGAUAGCUAUAUAAGUACGAUUGGAGUUGAUUUCAAAAUCAGAACUGUGGAACUGGAUGGAAAGACCGUUAAGCUCCAGAUUUGGGACACUGCUGGUCAGGAGAGAUUCAGGACUAUCACAAGCAGCUAUUACAGAGGAGCACAUGGAAUAAUUAUUGUUUAUGAUGUCACUGAGAUGGAGAGCUUUAACAACGUCAAGCAAUGGCUGAAUGAGAUUGAUAGAUAUGCUAAUGAUAGUGUGUGCAAGCUUUUAGUAGGAAAUAAGUGUGAUUUAGUUGAGAACAAGGUUGUUGACACAGAGACAGCAAAGGCAUUUGCAGACGAGCUCGGAAUUCCUUUUCUGGAGACGAGUGCAAAAGACUCGAUCAAUGUGGAGCAAGCUUUCUUAACUAUGGCUGCUGAAAUAAAGAAAAAAAUGGGGAGCCAGCCAAGUUCGUCGAUGUCGUCGGGGAAUGUGCAAAUGAAGGGGCAACCAAUUGAGCAAAAGAGCAGCUGUUGCAGUUGAGAAGAAGAAGAAGUCGCCUAAUUAUAUAAAAGGUAAAAUCUAAGUUAACAGGUUUCUUAAGAAGAAGUCGUCUUUACUUUGUGUUGGCUCAAGGAUUUCAAUGUUAUGGUGAAUUGUUCCCUAUUUGAAACGUUUCUGUGUAUAAAUGUUUUGUGACACUCACCUUUGGAUACUUUUCUGUCUCUCCUAAUCAUCUCCAUACACUGAAGUCUGGAGAGAAUUAUAUCAGUGUAGUUUGGAGUAAAGAAAAUCAUUCCGACAUUCAUUGAGGACA